GUGACAUCUGCUAAUUGUCCUGAUGGGCCGGCCUCUCUCGUCCUUUCAAUGCCACUCUCUCUGUAGGUGUCUGCGGCCGGGAGCUCGCUGGCAGCUGCCACCUUUAUGACUUAUUAUACCUCCAUAAGAUCAUUUACCCCCCGACUCUGAGCCCCCGCCGACCCUCCUUUACUCUGUGAGGAGCGGCCAUUGUGUGCAUUAGGAAACUAUAAGCAGUAAUGUGGCUUUAAAGAUGGACUGUUAUCUGUAUUGGAGCAGUAAUGAAGCUGUUGGAGGGAGAUGAAUCUGACAGCAGAGCAGUUUAAACAGGGAUCUCUUCUAAUGACACGUGUGUUCAUGUUGAACUGUUACAGCUCUUGUUUCAUUAAACAAUUAACUCAAGUUUCUUUAUGUUUCCCUUUCAGCUGUUGAAGGUUUAAUAAAUGAUGUUUCACUCAGAAAGACUGAAAGAGUGAAAACAGUCAAAUAUCUCUUUAUGUUUGUUUGAUCUUUAUUUCUUUUCUUUGCACCUGGAGGAAUAAAACCUCAUUAAAACAACUUCAAUAUGUCGCAGCCAUCAAGAGGUUGUUUUUACUUCCUGUCUCAGAAACUAAUGCGAUGUAACGCCAUCAAAUAUUUCACAUUAACAAGUAAAAGUGUUUUUAAAAAGACUUUAAAGAAAUAUCUAAUGGCUCAGACAAGAGGAGGCGUUUUAUUUCAUGAUGUCUGAUUAAAUGAUCAUUAAUGAGGAACUUGUUUUUUAACCUCAUUUUAUUUUAUUGAUUUCUUCAGUUGCUGUUUCUGCUGUUGAACCCUGGGAACUCGUCAUUGUUAUUAUCAGUAUUAAUAGUUUUACUGUUGUUUGUAUUUGUCGUUAUUUUCUUGUUCCCUUCUUUUUCAAAUCAAUAAAUAAAUCCACAGUCACACAGACGAUAACUCGCUGCUUUUAUCAGUUUUAUACUGAAAACUAAAAUAUUCACUAAGAGCCGCAGCUAAAAGCCUGAAUGUGCAGCUGCACCUGAGGGACUCUGUCAGUUAUAUUAAUUACUCAUUGAUUAGUUGUUAUAAAUGUAAACCUAUAAUCAGUGACAUCUUUAAACUGUUUAGUUUUAUCCAACCAACAGUUAAAAUAUAAAAUAAUCAGUUUUUAAUGAACUUAAACAGAAACAGGCAGAAAAACUGAUUGAUAAGUGACUUUAAAUUCAAUAAUUCUUAUAUGAACUAAUAGAUUUAUUGAUUGUUUCAGUAUAAAACAACAUGCACAAAGAGCUCCAGCCAAACGCCUCAAUGUAGGCUGCAGCUGCACCUGAGUAAAUAUGUUAAUUAUAAUCUUCACUAAUUGAUUCAUUCUUAUAAAUGAGCACAAAUUGAAAUCUUUAAACGGUUCAGAGUUAAGAUAAUCCGUUUUAAUGAUCUACAACAGACACAGAUCAAAGACUGGUUGAUAAAUGACGUCAAAUUCAAUAAAUUCAUUUAAUAAAAUCAAUGAUUCUUUCCAUCAACUAAUAGAUUCAUUGAUUGUUUCAGUAAUAAAACAAUGGGCUGAAGGGCUGAGUGGGAUUUGACUCAGGACUGAGGCGGGAAGUGUCUGCAGUGAUCAGAUGGUCGAUAGCUCUCAUAAAGUUGUUCGCGGGCUUCUCAUUAAACCCCGGAGUCUUUGUGUGGAGCGAAACUUUCCCUUUGAUGAGUCCAUCAAUUAACAUCACAAGAGGCGUUCACGUGUCCUACCGGCGUAAAAUCCCACAGCGGCAAAUACUGACAACACGAACCACAAUGAGGAACACGGAGCCAAAGAAAGGGGGCACAUUUUAACCAGAUGCCCGGCAAUAAAUAACAGGCUCGGUGCCCCCCCAGCUGAGAGCGGACAUUAACAUACUGAAGUGCCGGCACGGGGGUCCAGUGGGGCCGGAGCGUGUCUGCGCAGGAGAGACAGAGGCCGGGAUUGUUCCUGAAGACGCAUCGCUUCAUUUGUGUAACUUUUUGAAUGAAAUGUAAAUGUGCAAACGCCCCGGCGGCGCGUGCACAGGCUGCGUAUAUAAAGCCCGGGGAGGGACAGGCCGACACCGACACUUCUGCUCGCGUCCUGACCGGUCCACAGGAGCUGAAAUGCAGCCAACUGCGGCCAAACUCCCGCCGAUCCGCAGAACACCUUUCUCUGUGGAGGAUAUUCUGGAUCCCACCAAGUUUACCAGGAAAAUAUUCAAUGCUGAUGACGCAACAGGGACAGGAGCUUCUGCUAAAACAGAGGAACCCGGAGAGAAGCAGCAUCAUCCGGCAGGUGAGAGCUGCAGCCCGGAGGAGCAGCUGAAGCCCCAGAGGUCAAAGGGGAAGAGCCGGCGGAUCCGCACGGCCUUCACCGUGGAGCAGCUCCACAUCCUGGAGCACAGCUUCCAGCGGUGCCACUACCUGUCGGUGCUGGAGCGUCACACCAUCGCCUCGGCGCUGCGCCUCUCCGAGACCCAGGUCAAGAUCUGGUUCCAGAACAGACGCACCAAGUGGAAGAAGGAGCGUCAGCCGGAGGAGGAGCAGGGUUUCUCCUUCUCCUCCUUCACCUCACACCAUCCUCCUGCUCCCGUCUGCCCUUCUCUGCCCUUCAGUCCUCUCUACUGCCCGCCGCGCGCUCCGCUGCAGCUCUCCGCACCGCUGCCGCUGCCGCUGCCGCUGCCGCUGCCGCUGCUGCCGCUGCCGCACCGUCCUCUUUACUUCAGGCUUCAUGGUCAGAGUCACUGA